GUAAACGGUAGUCGGGUCCCUCUAUAGGCCGCGCUCAUGAUUGUGCACAUUUGAGAGUUGUCAAUAGCUGCUUCGAAAAGUAUAUAAAAAACGUGUUUGAUAGUGUAGACAAACAAAAAAAUAUAUUAUUUAUUGUCAAAAAUAUACUGUAAUAGAAACGUUUUAAAAAUAAAAGGCAAACGAGUAUGGAGCGACUUCUGAGAUUAGGUGGAUGUAUGCCAGGCGUGAAUCAAGGACCUCCUCCUUCAGAUGCUCCAGUUGUUGACACCGCUGAGCAGGUAUACAUAUCAUCAUUGGCACUUUUAAAAAUGCUUAAGCAUGGACGUGCUGGUGUUCCUAUGGAAGUAAUGGGUCUGAUGCUUGGAGAAUUUGUUGAUGACUAUACUGUUCGUGUUAUUGAUGUAUUUGCUAUGCCUCAAACAGGAACUGGUGUCAGUGUAGAAGCAGUUGAUCCAGUAUUUCAAGCAAAAAUGUUAGACAUGCUUAAACAAACUGGUAGGCCAGAAAUGGUUGUAGGAUGGUAUCAUUCCCAUCCAGGAUUUGGUUGUUGGCUGUCAGGUGUAGAUAUCAAUACACAGCAAUCUUUUGAAGCCCUUAGUGAAAGAGCAGUGGCUGUUGUAAUUGAUCCAAUACAAUCUGUGAAAGGAAAGGUUGUUAUUGAUGCAUUUAGAUUAAUUAAUCCAAACAUGAUGGUCUUAGGACAAGAACCUCGUCAAACCACAUCCAAUUUAGGUCAUUUACAGAAACCUUCUGUUCAAGCUUUAAUUCACGGUUUAAAUCGUCAUUAUUAUAGCAUUAGCAUCAACUAUCGCAAGAAUGAAUUAGAACAGAAAAUGCUGUUAAAUCUACACAAAAAGACCUGGAUGGAUGGUCUUACGCUUGCUGAAUAUUCUGAACACAGUAGACUUAAUGAAAACAUUGUGUCCGAAAUGCUUGAACUUGCCAAAAAUUACAACAAGGCGUUAGAAGAUGAAGAAAAAAUGACACCAGAACAAUUAGCUAUAAAGAAUGUGGGCAAACAGGAUCCAAAGCGGCAUUUAGAAGAGAAAGUGGACACACUAAUGACUGCAAACAUUGUUCAAUGUCUGGGUGCUAUGCUCGAUACCGUCGUAUUCAAAUAACUAUUUCUUAAAAGAACAUUCGCAAUAUAUAUUAUUAAAAAUAUAUACACUUUUUAAAAUGUGUUUGUAAUCUGUACCCAAAAAACAAUAGACGCAAUACACAAACGUUUUAUUACA